AGGCUUCCAAACACCCCCAGCCCCAACUCCUUCCAGAUAAUCACGCCCAGCACCAAUCACUUUGUAAUUGUGUUUAAUAACAAGUGCAAGUCCUUGUCCUGGUCUUUAUCAUGGGGUCUCCGACCCCGGAGAACAUGAACCACGGCCAGCGGCAGCGUAACUAAGUUUGCAUUUACAACAUUUAGAAAUUCGCACAACAUUUCAGACCUUUCAAAAAUAUCAUAGUUUUUCAAAAACGAUAGCAAAUCAAAAAUGCGACUGAAAAGAAGGGAUAAAAAUCUACCUGAAGCACCGUCGUGUGACAAGCGGUGUUUGGUGAUAGUCAGUGGUUGAGGUAGCCGUCGAAGAACGCUUCUGCAGGUGUAUAAUCUCCACCAGAAGAGGCAGGAUGUCUGCCGACGCGACUGCACCUGUACCCGUUGGGGAGCCGAUUCCGGACGAAUUCCACGACCAAGGGAUGUCGUCCCCGGUGCGCAGCAGCUACGGGGCGGGUGAGAUGACGGUGCGCUCAGACAACUUGUUGAGUGCGCGGACGCCCAGCGAUAAUAAUAACCAACAAGCUGCAUCACCCGCUUCGCCGCCCGGCAGCCCACCGGCUGCACACCCGCAGAUUUUGGAUUCUCUCGGCCGCCCGAUUGACAGUCGACGGUUCCACCCGGAAUUUCUGGCAGCAGCGAAAGACGAAGAACAGAAGCAGGUGAUUGAUGACAGUAUCAGUCCGGCAGACAAACACGUGAUGAGGCGGGCGAGCACCCUGCAUUUCUCCUCCACCGACGUCUCGAAACGCCCGGAGGCGGGCUGGAAGAACAUGCCCCACAAGUACGCCGCCCGCAUUGCGCGCGACCCGAACGCGAGUAACCUCGUCCACACCGGCCCCUCAGUCGCGCUCUCCGCUCGCGGGAAGGGAUCGACGAAGAAGGACGACAUGCCGAAGGAAGAAGAGGAUUCCUGUUUCCGAAACCCCCUCGCACCGCCGGGAAUACACUUUCGGGCGCCGCCGAGAGUGCCAAGCUCUCUACAGGUACCGUAGACAAGACAAAAAAGAUUAUUGCACUUUUCAGGUUUUCUUGAGUGCGUCGGCAUGACAUUCGCAUUCCAUAUGAAUUUCGCCCAGUCCUCCACCCGACGUCGCUCGCGGGUGAUCUGGUAACCAAAUGCGCAAAUAACUUCUAGCACCUCGCAAAAACCACUACGUCUGGUACUGGUUGUAGACGAGCUACUAGUACUUUCUAUGACGAGGUGCAUCUAUAUAUUAUAUAGAUGCACCUCGUCAAAGGUACAAAUAUAUAGAUGCACCUCGUCAAAGAGAACAAAUACAAAUAUUUAAGAUAUUUGUAUUUGUUCUUUUACGUUUAUGUUUAUCCUACGCCUCACGAUUUCGAUUUCAUCCCACUUGUUGACAGGUUCGUAAAUUGACGCUGGGAUCGCAUCCGGGCCUGGGUUUGAGGCUGGCGCCGCCCGAGGCGAUUUCGCUCGCGGCGAUCAGCAACGGCGAGUUUACCAACAGCACCAGCGGCAUCCGGCGCGGUAGCAACAUUGGCCGCGAGCGGUUUCUGGAAAUGUGCCCGGCCGAGGACGCGCUGGAAGUCUACUACGACGGUCUCUUCAUUCGCCUGGUCCAGGACCCCAACCUCGCCGUGGAGGUGCGCAUGUUCCACACCUGGGAGGAGUACAUUUUGCACGAAAACGCGUGUUACUCCGCGGGCCGGAGCUCGCGCCCCUUCUACCGCGACGCCGAGAAGUUCCAGGUCGGCACGGAGAUCCAGGUGUUUUACCACCACCGGUAUGCCAACCAAAUGUUCGUCCUCAACUCCGACGGCUCGCUGUCCCCGAAAUUCAAGCCGGACCUGUGCAUUGGCGGGAUCCGGCUCACGCCUGAGACCGAGAACGCGCUGCUGAACGCCCGCGGGGGCGGAGGUGGACAACAAGGAAAUAACCGACCCGGAAUGAAGCUGAUCGGGAAAGGCAUCAGCAGCGGCGCGCUCCUCGAGGAAGGAGAACACAGCGGCCCACCCCCGCAGAGGCAAAGUUCGAGGAACAAAAAAAGUUUCUUCUUCGAGGGCACGCACAGCCGCGGUCCCGCGGCGAACAAGGGCUCCACGGCGCUGAGCCGGCUGCGUGGCGACGGCAACGACUUGGUGCGGCAGGGCGGCCCCCAGAUGCAGCGGGGCGGGCUGGCGGGACGGUCGAUGACGUCGGCGUUCUCCCGGUCGAGCGCCAGCAUUGACCCGGAGAAGGAGAGCGCCAUGCAGCUGAUCAAGCGGCAAGGGACGGUCGCCUCCCUGUCCUUGAUGCAGGACGAAGAGAUUCGGGCGAUGGCCGUGAACGACUCGAAAAAGAUGCAGCGCACGCAGAUGGAGCGGGUCCGCGAGUUUCCGGACGCGAACAAGAUCUUUUUGGUGAAGUGCCAGUCGCCCCUGGAGAAGCUGGAGGACCAGAUGCUCAUGCAGCGCUUUCACUUCGACGACGUCUCCGGCGUGCCCGUCACGGGGCUGCGCGACGUCCACCCCGAGACGGCGAUCAAGGUGCAGCUGUUCACCUCCACGGGAGUGCCCCUGGUCAUCAUGCAAAAGGUGCUUGGCAACGUGGUCUACCUGGGAAAGCACGUCAAGGACAUCCAAAACAUCGAGAUGAUCGAGGCCCUGGACACCUUGCUGGUCUCGAACCCGAAAGAUUUUACAGGAGAGAAAACGAAAAGCAAACCGGAGCUUCGCAGCCCCGCGGGCAGCUCAUCUGCCAGCACAGAAAACCUCACAAGUGCUGCGGGCACUGCCGCUGGUGUUAAUGGUCCUUCGACUGGCGCAGCUGCUUCGGCUUCCUCCAGUGCGACCGCGACUACAAAUGGCGACGUCAGUUCCGGUAUCAAAUGUAAAAAUGUCUGGGUCUGGAAGAUUCUGAGACUUGUCAUGCAUGUUUUGCAUUGGCCAUGAUGUCUGUGAUGCAUGCCCUAGCAUCACAGAUUUUUUGAGGGCCUCGCGAUGCCUAUUCCGCAUGACAAAUGCCCUCUCCGCGUAGCAAAAAUUGCGUUCCCUUUGCUGCUCAUGCAAUACAGAUUUUUUUAGAAUCCAAAAUCAGCAUGACAAGUUGGAUUCUUCCAGACCCAGACAUUUUUACAGUUGAUAUCCGGCGACGAGCGAGAGAUGACGGCGCGCGAAUCCCAAGAUCAGUACUCUACAGUGGAUGGCAUGGAGAAGCUGACAAAGAGACAGUACAACCCGCGCGUUGCGCUGGAAAUGGAGUACAAAUACUCCGAUAAGGAGAUGAAGGCCGCGUUGGCGCGGAAGGUAAGCCGCCACGUGACUCGGCAAAGCGGCCUGCUGCUUAACUCGCGGGGCGGGGUGCCGGAGCACCGAAGUAUGGCCGAGUGGCACGCGGAGAAAAAGCAGACACACCGAGAAGGUCUUGGCGCGCUGCACGGCGCGCUGGGGGGGGAAGAUCCCCACGCGGCGGGGGCCGCCAUCAUACACGAGCCGGUUCCAAAUGCGGCCACUCCGCGAGAGUACUCGGCAUCAACCCUGGCCGACCAGCACGACCCUAACAUUGUUCUUGAAACAGGGCAGGAUCCGCGCGCAUCGACGUCCUCUGCUGCCGCGUCACCUACUGCGAACGACUCCGCAAACCCGAAUGAUAUCGGGCUCAUCAUGAACGCCGAGCCAGACGCGGAGCCAGCUCUGGGCAACGAUGGCGCGGCGUCGAAAACAACGGGCAUAACGGUGGACCGGGAAGAAGACGACUCCCCCGCAGCGUCCCAUACCAAUAAUCCGGGCGCGGCAGCAGUAGACGCGCAGCCGCCUACUUCGCCGUCUGUCCCUGCGGCGGACGUCGCGAUAGCUGUCAACAAUACCGAAGUUGUAGAGAAAAAGAUAGUACCUGUAAAAAUCAUACCUCCGGCAAAAACCGCGUUGGGGCGGUUUUUCCAAAAGCUUUGCGGCGGAAAGGUAGCAACCGGGGUGCGCCAGAUGACGAUAGGCGCCCUGAUGGACGUGGGCUCGGAAUCCGGCUCCGCCGCCAGCAUCGACGCUGCAAAGGGGUUCCACUUGGAACAACACGACCCCGUCAUUCGGUACUUUGGAGAGCUGAACUACAUCGCCCGCCUGACCGGCCGGGAACUGAAGCGGAUGGCAAAUUUUCGUGUGCACAAGCUCUGCGACCGCUACGGCAUCCGCGUGGAGGAGUGUAUCGCCCACCUGCUCGGCCCGUCGGGGCAAACCCCGCGGGUCCACUUUUCCGAGGAUGUUGACGGCCUGCACGACCUGAUGUUGACCAACCCGCAGACGCUGGCGCACGAGGCGUCCAAGGAGGCCGAGUGGUACCUCGCGUGCGACAGCUACCGGCCCGCAACGGCCCGAGGAGGCUCGAACGCGGUGAAGAGAAACAAAUCGUGGAGGCCCUUGGAGGUGUACUUCAGCGCGAAGCGGCGCACCAUGCGCCUGGCCGCGGCGCCGAGAUUGGCCAUCGACUGCUCCGACGCGGUGGAGACGGAAACGCCGCUGCUGUGCCACUACUGCACCGGAGCGGACACGCAGCGGUUCCUCGUGAAUCCGGAUGGCACGGUGUCCCCGAUCUACCGCCGCGACCUGUGCUGGGGGCUGUCCAAGACGGGAAAGAUCAUCCUGGUGUCCGCCCUGGACACCAUUUAUGCAUUGCAAAUUUGUCUGGGUCUGGGAGGAUGGAACUUGUGAUGCGUCCGGUGGCUCACGCAAAAAUCUGUCUUGCGUGAUCACCAAAAGUUGCUUUUUUCUGACCAACAUGACAGGAAGUCUCUCAUGCAGAAUAGGCAUGAUAGAGACCUCACAGAAUCUGUCAUGCUAGGUCCCGCAUUCCAGACCUCACGGAGCAUGGAAGUUCUGCAAUACAAGUUUCUAUUCGUGUUCCAGCCCCAGACAUAUUUGCAAUGGAUACCGUUCGCCGCCUGCAUAUUCGGGUGGACGACGCCAUCCCCCUGGACGAAAGCGCCUGCCGCCUCGGCCCGGAGCGGGUGUUCCGCUUCGACCUGGCCUCGCACCGCGGCUGGGGAAUCGCCAUGAAGGUCGGCCCCACAUGCGCCAACGGACCUGUUGGUAUACACAUACACAUACUUACACUAGUGCUUUUUUUUGAUGUUAAACGUAAACAGUACUACACGACAUGAAAAUGAACAUGUUUGAACUAAAUCUUCUUCCUGAAGAAACAAAUAGAAACUGCACGUCGAGAUGACCGGUCUUUCUGCACCCCUUUCUGAUGCUGUGCUGAGUACGCGGCAGUGAGUAGAACUAAAAAUAGAACUAGAAAUCGUCACUACACUACAAAAAUGAAUCUUGACUUUCCAACGUUGAGCUUGAUCCAACUUUGUUCAGGUUUGACGAAGCAUCUGGGUCAGAAGCCCGUUCCGACGAUGUCGCAGGACUCCGUGAUCGAGUUUUUCUUUGACGGACCCUUUCUGCGCAGUGCGAAAAAUCCGCACGCGGCGUUGUGCUACAAGGAGGAGGACCACGACGUGGAGUUCAGUGCGAUUUCCAAUUACGCAGACGACAACGAACUGCACCGGUACUGCUGGACGCUCCACCCCAAUCGCGUGAUCACGCCCCAGAGCGUGCCCGAGUUUUGCCUCGGCGUGUCCAGCAAUAUGCGUCGCGUGCUCCUCAUGGACACCGAGAUGCUCCACUUCAGCAACUACAGCAAGGGUAAGCACCCGAUAUUGCUGCACAUCCCCGAGAAACCGGGGCCCGCGCCACAAGUAGAGUCUCCGAGCAACGUGGAACGACCGCAACGACAGGGGUCGAGCCCGACGUCUAGUACUGGCACCAACGCCGGGCGGCUCCCCACCCCGGCGGCCGCGCGGACGCUGCGUCGGCGCGCCACCGACCAAAAUACGAAGGACGAGACCCCGGAGUCCGCGCUCGCGAACGCAGGGCCCCAAGAGCCGCAGGGGCACUUCGACUACGGGUGGUGGCAGGCGCAGAACCUGCUGCUGCACGUGCAGCGCAAGGUGGCCAACCGCAACUCGACGGCGCUGCUGACGGGCCUGAACGUGCGGGUGGCCAUUUGGCCCAAGGACUGGGACAGCAAACUGGAGGCCAACGCGUUCGGCGAACUGACCGUGGUGGAGAAGGAGGAGGCCGAACCGCUGGAGCCCGCGGGCAAGGGGUUCUUCUUCCAGGACGACCGCGUCCACUGCGUGGACAACAUGCAGAACGUGUGGACCAUUGAGUCCCGCGACGGCAGCGAGCUGCGGCUGGGCGACCGCGUGCUGGUGGACCGCGAGGAGGGCAUCGACGACUUCGCGGGGGGGAAGGUGUGGGACAGCGGGGAGUUCCGGGACCACCAGCACAUGGCCUUCCAGCGCUGGGAACUGGCCAUUCGCCCGGAGAACCAGUCCGCGAACACCACGAAGGUGCUGUGCACGAUCUCCCCCCUCGGCUGCGCCGACGAGUUCGCGAUCGGCACCGACCGCCACGGAUUCGUCAUUCUGGUCAGCCCGGAGAGCCCCAACGCCACCGUGUUCCGCGUCGAGCUGCUGGACGUGGGCCACAUUCUGGAGGGCACCGAGGAGGACGGGGACCUGGGGGCGCUGGAGGUGCAGCUGAACAAGGUGGCGGGUGGUGCCGCCGAGGACGAGGCGGCGAAGGACCCCAACAUCGUGCACGGCGCGAAGAUUUUCAGUCCCAGAAAGAAGAUACCCGACACCAUAUCAAAUGGAAAAAUCCCCCCUCCCCAUAUCGAAAACAAAAUUUGUGAUGCUGUAUUUGAGUACACAAAUCGACUUGUAAUGCUAGAAGGCCAAGAGCCGCAGUUGUGGCCUCGUUUGCAGGCAAUUUGUCAUGCUGUUUCCCACUUCCAGUUGCUUCCUGUCAUGCUGAAGAUGCAAGGCUUCCCCACGCCACCCAGCACUACAGUCCGCAUCUUUUUCCUUCUAGCAUGACAAGCUCAUUCGUGACUGCGAAUCUGCAUCACAGAUUUCCGCUUCAAUAUGGGGAGGGGGGAUUUGUCUUCUUGAUACACCAUGUUCCGCUCGCCCUUGCGGAGCAGCUUCGACCGCCAGGCGUACGCAGCCACCCUGAAGUUAUGCAUUGCAAAUAUGUCUGGGUCUGGAAACUUGUUGUAAUGCUAAAAGUGAUUGGUAGAGGCACUGCAAUACGCAGCUAUGCGUGACAAUUUUUUUGGCUCCCAUGUCUUACGUAUUCCGCAUGGCAAAGGCAAACUGCGUUUUUGCAUGACAGGCAAGAGGGCCUUUAUUUCGCGCCUAUGCAACACAGAUUCUUGAGUCAUGCCAGACAAGCAUGACAAACUUGCACUCUUCCAGAUCCAGACAUUUUUGCAUUUGAUAGAAGUACUUCGACUUCGAGUGCCACGGCACGGGCGACAGCGGCUACACGGACGUGCUGGACAAAAUUGCGCCGCGGGUCCAAACCGCCUUGCUGCGAGCCGUGCAGCUCAACACAGAAGCCGAGGACGCACCGCUCGAAACGAGAGAGGACACAGAUAACCUGAGUGGCGGCCAGGGCGGCGAGCUCCUCAGUGGAAAUUCGCCACCACCGUCCGGCCGCCCGGCGUGAAAUAAAAGAUAGUAUAGACGAUAUUACAUAGCGGAGCUCAUCGAUUUUUGCGUCAGAGACAGAGGAGACGUGCAAACACAGAGUAGGACAGAUCUGCUUGAGUUUAUUGCAUCUGAUCUUGUACAAAAGUAGAACCACUACGUCUACGUCGACUCUUCGAGCUUACGACAACGUCUCAACCACUUGAAAAUAUCAUGAUGAAUGACUUUCUCGUCAUAUUAUGAUUCAUUUCUUUUUGCACUUGUUUGAACUUCGUGUACUCGAGUAGAAAAACAUAUGUUUUUGUUUCCCAUGAUUCUAUAUCUGUUCCGUUCCCUUCUCGGCCCACAAUGACAACCACAAAGAAGCCGCAUUCUGUCAGACAACACACAGAAAGAAGUAGAGAAAGGAUAUUACGACCUUCGAGCAUGCCCGCCAUGUCUUCUUGUGGAUUCUCUACAUUAGCCAGUACCACAUAGUCCCAAUUCCUUUGAUGCAGAUCGCAUAUAGUUUUAGUUCAGUAACUCUUCAUCAGAGUUAGAUUACCCGGCUGUGUCGAGUGUUUUUCCUCAGUCAGGGCAUGGUGCACGGCGUUGGU